CCUUCACCUGCGACGUCAGUCAGGACCCCUGAAAACAACAUGGCGGCCACUGGGACGAAGUCGGUUUUGUUCGUUUGCUUGGGGAAUAUCUGCAGAUCCCCAAUCGCUGAAGCAGUCUUCAGGAAGAUGGCAACAGACGCUGGUGUUGUUGAUAAGUGGAGGAUAGACAGUGCUGCAACCUCCAACUAUGAGAUAGGAAGUCCUCCAGACCACCGCGGUCAAGCCUGCAUGAAGAGUCAUGAUGUGCCCAUGCAGCAUGUGGCCAGGAAGGUGACCAAUGACGAUUUCAUGAGCUUUGAGUACAUUCUUGGCAUGGAUGAGAGCAAUAUGAGUGAGUUGAACAGAAGAGCAAAACUUGCGAAAACCAGCUCAGCAAAGAUUGAGCUUCUUGGUUCAUUUGAUCCACAGAAGCAGCUCAUCAUUAAGGACCCAUACUACGGGAGUGACGAAGACUUUGAAAAAGUGUACCAACAGUGUGUACGUUGCUGCAAAGCCUUCCUGGAGAAGAACUCCUAACAACAUGCAACCUUAAAUGGUCUUUGCUAAAUCUGUUCAAUCUGUCACACAAGCAAGUAUAACCCUCUUGUGGAUGUCAUUGGAUGACCAGGAAACACUUCUGUUUUAGUGUUGUAAAUGAAAACGAUUGUUGACUGUAAAUUUAUGGGACUAAUAAAAUAGGAAAAUGA